AGGUUUCUGUUUCUACAAGAUGCAGACUUUAGCGCUGCUCUGCUCACAACCGGAAAUCUCACAUCGAAUGCUCUUCCUAAUUAUCAAAUAUGGGUGAAUCCCAGUCGAGGAGCUGUUGCAAACAAUAUCGACGCAAGCAUUCAAGAAAGUCUUCAAGCGUCUUACUGCGGCAUCACACGCGCAAAGGCUCAAGUCACACUAGCCAACGCAGAUCGGAGUAUGACAACGCGGGGAGGUAAUCAGCCAAAGGAGCAGUUCUACGUGCAUGACCUACAACCCUCUACGUUUUACGACGCGUACAUCACAUUACGCAACAACUUGACUGAGGGUGGGACCAUUUGGCCGGUGCAGCAAUUCCGAACAAGGGAUGACACGACGUGCCAAAUCAUUUACAAUCUCGCGUUUUGCAAUGAGAUUGCGUACAGCGUACCGAGCAACAGUACACUCUACAAUCCCGUUGCACUCGGUACAUAUUAUGACAAUCGUGCCUUGGCAUACUUUCAGAAUUUCUCUAAUACGAUGCAACAGUACGCAUGCAAUGUCUCGGAUGACGCCAAGUACAGUCUGGUGUCUACGUGUGACGACUGUAAAGCUGCAUACAAGGAUUGGCUGUGCGCGGUCACCAUUCCUCGUUGUGCGGAUACAACCAAUCCAGCAUCGUUUCUCACACUUCGCAAUCAGUCGCGCAGUCCGCUCCUUGAUAGAGACCUACAUCCAGGCGUGUACAAGGAAGUUUUACCCUGUGGCGACUUGCCGAGGAACGUGGCGCGUACCUGUCCAGCCUUCAUUCAGUUCUGGCUGCCGUCAAACAAGACUGUCUUUGAUGCAACCUAUGGACAACGCAGCAACAAUGCAACCAUUAGCUGUAAUGCUCCGGGUGUGGACUUCUGGGUCGCUGGUGCCUCUAUGCAACGAGUCAAU